AUGAUUUUUCGAGCGGUAGCUCCCUCCAUCCAUUCCUUCUCCCACCUCUCUCCCCGCACACUCUGUACAGCAACUUCUUCAUCCUACACUACUUCAUCCCAUGCCGUCCGACAACCGCGACAACAGCAGCAGCGUGGUCUUGCUACCGUCCAAGAUGCGGCAGCGACUACACCUCCCAGGUCAUACGGUGGUCUGAAAGACCAAGACCGGAUAUUUCAGAAUCUGUAUGGGCAUCAUGGUGCGGAUUUGAAAACGGCCAUAAAGUAUGGCGAUUGGUAUAAGACAAAGGAGAUUGUGCUGAAAGGACAUGAUUGGAUUAUUUCGGAGAUCAAGGCAUCCGGAUUGAGAGGCAGAGGAGGUGCUGGUUUCCCUUCUGGAUUGAAAUGGUCCUUCAUGAACUUCAAGGACUGGGACAAAGAUAACAAACCAAGGUAUCUCGUCGUGAACGCUGACGAGGGCGAACCCGGAACUUGCAAAGACCGCGAAAUCAUGCGAAAAGACCCCCACAAACUCGUCGAAGGCUGUCUCAUAGCUGGCCGUGCGAUGAAUGCUACAGCAGCCUACAUAUAUAUCCGUGGUGAAUUCUAUCAUGAGGCGACCGUUCUCCAGCGCGCUAUUCAGGAGGCGUAUGGCGCGGGGUUAAUUGGUAAAAAUGCUUGCGGAACCGGAUAUGAUUUUGACGUCUAUCUUCACCGGGGAAUGGGCGCAUAUAUCUGCGGUGAAGAAACAUCCUUGAUCGAGUCUCUUGAAGGAAAAGCGGGAAAGCCUCGCUUGAAACCCCCCUUCCCAGCUGCCGUGGGCCUCUUUGGCUGCCCCAGUACCGUAACCAAUGUCGAAACUGUUGCCGUGGCACCCACGAUCUGCCGUCGUGGUGGCAAAUGGUUCGCCUCGUUCGGUCGGGAGCGAAACCAAGGGACAAAGCUGUUCUGUAUCUCCGGGCAUGUUAACAACCCUUGUACCGUAGAGGAGGAAAUGUCCAUUCCACUCCGAGAGUUGAUUGAACGUCACUGCGGCGGUGUGCGAGGUGGAUGGGAUAACCUCCUCGCCGUCAUCCCAGGCGGCUCAUCAACCCCUAUUCUCCCCAAACACGUCUGUGACGACCAGAUGAUGGACUUUGACGCCCUCAAGGACGCGCAAUCCGGCCUUGGAACUGCCGCUGUUAUCGUCAUGGACAAGUCCACUGAUGUAGUUGCCGCUAUCUCUCGUCUGUCCGCUUUCUACAAGCACGAGAGCUGUGGCCAAUGCACUCCCUGCCGCGAGGGAAGCAAAUGGACCGCACAAAUGAUGCAACGAUUUGAGCGUGGUCAAGCCCGCGAACGAGAAAUUGACAUGAUCCAGGAACUUACGAAGCAAGUUGAGGGCCAUACUAUUUGCGCUCUUGGUGAAGCUUUCUCUUGGCCCAUCCAGGGACUCAUCCGGCAUUUCAGACCAGAGCUCGAGGCUAGAAUACGCAACUAUGAGCAGGAACAUGGUGGCAAACAGCCAUUUGCUGGAGGCUGGGAACCACAAGCUCGCGCAGAGGGAAAACUUAUUGCUCCUGGCCAAUAA